GAUCCUCGUCUAAGUACACACUUCGUAUAACGAGAAACGGAUAAACAACUUUGUUACUUGUAGAAUAAAAGUGUUCGCAGUAUACUACGAAGUUACAAUUCAUUUUUAUACGAGUUCGAAGUCUUGAAUCGAAUCAACCUGACGAAUCGUUGAACGGCUUGUCUGUUCAUCUAUUAUUCGAAUAAAAGUUCAUCGUCGAGAAUAACGCAUUUCGCGUUGGUUUCGGUGUAGCCUUCGUCGCGUUUGUUCCGCGACAGAGAACCCGCACGAGAGUGGAAAAGCUAGAUUCGAAUCGUUCUCGCGUCGUCGCAGUUUCUUUUAGCGAUUGUGUCAUACGAGCGGGGGCGAAGAAAUGCUAAAGCGCAGAUGACAUCGGCGAACCGCUCUACCAAACGGAGGUGGGCAAACUUCUCUUCUAGAUAAAAUACCUCUCGCAACAAGUGAUAAGCAAAGGAAGACAAUUAGACGGGCUUAAACGAGCAAUUUAUUUAGACUUAACCUAUGAAUGGAAGAGUCGAAAUUAACAAAAGUGUGUGAUCAUUCGAAGACGAACAACGGAUUUGAACGAAUAACAAUUGACAAUAAACAGUUGUACGAAAAAUUCUUCCUGGUUCCGUUUCCCAAAAAUAAUGUACGCCGAUCGCGAAUCGAUAAGAGAAAAGAAUUCGUGAGAGCGUCGACUUCGGUGAUGGACUCCGUGGACGUAAGCAAACACGAUUCUCCCGACGAAUGAAUACAGAAAUUUCGAUAGAGGAUAUCGUCUUUCACUCGACCGUGUUAUUGUACGGAAAUUCAAGUGUCAUUUAGAGAUUCGUUGACAUUGCGAGCCCGCGCGUGUGUUUAUUUCAAUCGAUAUGACAUCCAUGUUGUCUGAAGGUGAGACGAAGGUCGCGAAGAUUAAGCAGAAGAUGAUGAACGACGUCCACGUGAAGGAGGAAUCGCGCUCGUUCUUGAGCUUCUCCAGGGAGAACCUGAGCAUCUCGCAGUCGGAGCUCGAGCAGGGGUUCAACAAGCACCGGUUCAGGCCCGAUAGGAACACGAUACUGAGCGUUGCUGCUUUGACCAUCGCUUUUCUGUGUUUUGGACUGGAAACCUGGAAAUUGCGACGCUCUCUGAUCAAUGCACGCGAGAUCGAGGACUUGAAGCGCGACGUGGAGAGUUUGAAGCAUCGGUUGUUUGGCGAGGAUCUUCUGGACGAGCUGAAAGCUUUCGAGGAACGGGUGUACGCUGGAGAGUCCAGUGACGAUGACAACUCCGACAAAGUGGACAGUGACAACUCGGAUAAAUUGGACGUCGAUGACAUGGAAUACGAGUAUGCCGACUACGAUGGUUCGCAUUGGCCCGAAUAUUCUUCGGACCACUCUACACCUAUCUACGGUGCCCGACCAUCCGAUUUCCCUGAUUCGUUGUCGACGAUUGCCCCUGUCCCGUCUCCUCCGGAGCCAACCUCAAACGACGCUAUGAGGAUACUGUUGGCAGCUGUCCACAAGGCAGAGGUAAAGCAAGAAUUGAAGAAAAACAUGUGGGAGAACCACAAGAAUGCCGAAAGGGAACCACACGUGGAAAAAGUCGCGGAAAAGAUUUCCGAGGAUCACGCAGAGGAGCAAAAGAAUAGUACCAAGCAGAAACGGGACGUUCCCGACACUGAAAGCUUGAAAGAUUUCCUGGAGUGGAAGGCGGCUGAGAAACGUAAACGGUCUAUUGGUGCACAUAAACAUGGUUCAAAGAGGGUGAUCUCGUCUGGGUCUAGUCUUCGCGAGAGUCUGGAAGACUGGUCUGUCGCGGACAAGCAAGACACGUCGCUCGAAGUUCGAGGCAGGCAUCCUCCCAAGAAAUAUUACACCCACUCGGAAUCCGUUCACGGUGCCCUUACCGUUGAUGGACAGAGUUCGAACAUCCGAAGCACAGAAGAACAGCCGAAGAAACCUGCCCGCAGGCUUCGAAAGAACCUGCACACGUCCAGACAAACCUUCGCCGCGCAUUACGGCGCCGAUAAGAACUUGCUAGGGAGAAGAAAAAAUGACACCGGAAGUUCGAGAGCCCGUCACGACGAUAGAGUCUUCAAGGCGUGGAGAGCGAGCGAUUGGGUGGAGGGUCUUCGUAUGGAUCAGCACUUCGACAUGAAGAACAACGGAAGUCUCGUGAUAAACAAGGACGGUUUGUACCUGGUAUACGCGCAGAUUCAUUACAUGGACGAGCAUUUCGAAGCUGGGUUUCAUUUGGAGGUGAACGAUCGACCGAUCUUGCAGUGCAUGAAUUACAAUUCAGGCAAAGACAGGGACUUCAGUCAGUCCUGUUUCUCCGCCCAGGUGACGUGUUUGAACAAGAACGAUAUAUUGGUCUUGAAGGAAGUCGGCAGUUCGUCGAGAUACGCUCUACUCGAAGCGGAAAAGAGUUUCCUGGGACUCGUGAGACUAGGAGACGCCAAAACAUUGCCAUUCUACACAUCCCAGUGAAUCGAAUUGCGAUUCGUAGCUUUGAUUGCGAUUGAAUUGCUAUGCGGAGUUGGUAGAACGUCUUAAUACAGUGAUUGCCAUUUAUGAUGCAAUUUAUAUAUAUUUAUGACGCAAGUGAAUUAGCUGCACAUUUCUGAUCAACCUUUCAAAUCUGGAGGCAAUGAUGCUGUCUACGUUACACCAAAUGUUUCGAUUAAACGAUACGGGCAUUUAAUAGAGUUGGCAUCGUGACACUUGUUCAUUGUUUAAUGACAUUUGUUUAAUUUUGUUUAAUUUGUGACUGUUGGCAGUAUCAGCACCGUUACACAGCGACCGUUCACGCGUCUUUCUUAAAUAUCGUAAUAAAUGCGAGUUCACAAGCAAUUUUUCAAUUAAAUUUUCUCUGCAGUCAGCGUGUUAACAAUGGGAGUGUACCCUGCUGCAACGAAAAGUAAUUUAUUUGAGCGACGUACUAAACUGAUCCGUUUAGUUGUGUCUUAUAGUUCGAUGGGACUAGUGUACUAGUGUAAAUAAUGUAUUUGUAUUUUAUUACAGCGUAAUUUUGUAAACUAUCAUCAACUUUCUAUAACCCAAAGAGAGAGUGAGUGAGAGUGAGUGAGAAUUCAGCGAAUCGAUUUUGUAAUAGAUUUAUCUAAACAAAAAUAAACAGUUCGCGCACACAAAUUGCA